AUGGCAGUAAAAAAAGUUGGAAAAAUCAUUAAAAAGAGAACUAAGAAGUUCACUCGAUUUCAGUCCAAUAGGUUUAUGCGUGUUAAGCCCGCAUGGAGAAAACCAAGAGGUAUUGAUUGCCGUGUAAGAAGGAGAUAUAAAGGAACCAACUUAAUGCCAAGUAUUGGAUAUGGAAGCAACAAGAAAACACGACACUUAUUACCAAAUAAUAAAUAUAAAUACAUUGUAAAAAAUGUUAAAGAAAUGGAACCUCUAAUUAUGAAUAACAACAAAUACUGUGUUGAAAUUGCUCAUAAUGUCUCAAGCAAAAAGAGAAAAGAAAUAAUUGAAAGAGCAAAACAAAUGAAUGUUUCCGUUAUUAACGCCAAAGCCAGAUUACAAAAAACAGAAGAAUAA